UCUCGCCGCGUCCUAUCGGGGAGCGAGAGCCGCAACGGUUUCGCGCGCAAAAGUGACAGAUCUUAAAGAAUAGCGUAGUUUUAUUUACUUAUUUUAUUAAUCAAUAAUAAAUUUACGCAUUCAAUAUGGCUGUUACAAGUGCUAGGAGCAUUGUGAACAUCAAAGAAAAACACUUCGAACCUGAAAAUGCCCGGAUUGAUAAAUACACGUUGGCGGACAAGCUGCCGGCCCAGCUGUCGGAGUUGGAGUUGCGGCCGAGGACGAUGGCGAAGCCCUCCUACACGCUCUGCCGGCUCAGCCCCGACGACAAGGAUGCCGUCAUCGACUUCCUCAGAAGGUUCUUCUUCCGCGACGAACCUCUGAACCAGACAAUAAAUCUUCUGGAAACGCCAGAGUCAAGAUGUUUAGAGCUGGAGGACUACGCGGUGAGCACACUACACGAGGGGGUGUCAGUAGCGGCUGUAGACGAGAAUGGAGAGUUCGUGGGCAUCGUUAUAAACGGAACAGUCAGGAGAGAGGAGGUCGACUACACAGACAAAUCAGACGAGUGUCCCCACCCGAAGUUCAAGCGCAUCCUCAAGCUGCUAUGCCACCUGGACAGAGAGGCUCGCAUCUGGGACAAGCUGCCGCAGGAGUGUCACACUGUUAUGGAGGUGCGGAUAGCUUCAACGCACUCCGAGUGGCGAGGACGCGGACUUAUGAGAGUGCUCUGUGAGGAAUCUGAACGUCUGGCAAGAGAAGUGGGAGCCAGCGCUAUGCGAAUGGACACCACGUCAGCAUUCUCUGCGGCAGCCGCGGAGAGACUCAACUACAAGAGCGUGUACGGCAUCUUCUACGAGGAGCUGGCGUACGCGCCGCACCCGCUGCCACCGCACCUCGAGGCCAAAGUCUACAUCAAAGAGCUAUAAGCAAAAAUCACCUAUCAACAAUAUACCACUAGAAAUAAGACUAAAUGUAGGGCACUUACAAUAUCGACUCAUCCACACUUCACAGAUAUCUAAACAGGAAACUAUUUGCACUUAUCUUACAAUAAAUAUGAAUUACAGGACUCAUAAUGGAAAUAUUAAUAUCUUUAUCUGUUACACUUCAGUUUGUACUGUUUAUUUAUAUAAAGUACAAGUAGUAUUUCGAUGUAUAUAUCAAAAAAAUCAAAC